GCUUUUACUAUAAACAUGCUUGUUUUCCUGGCUGGGGGGGUUUUUAGAUUGCUAUUAAUUUGAGGCAUAACUCAGCAUGUGAUUAUUCACAACUAGAUGGGCAAGUUUUUAGUGGGUUUAAAGUGAAAAAGCUUUUGUAAUAAUGUUUCAUCAUUUAAGGGUAUGAUUUUCAGAGGAAAAUUUUUUUUUAAAAAGAGCUUUUUUUUUUUUCAGUGAUAGUUUUGUUUCAGCAGGUGGGUAUUCGAGGCUUUGUUAUUUGGCAGAGAUAAAGUUAGUACUGUAUGGUAAAGAGAAGCACUAAGAGUAUGAUAUGUUCUGUAAACUUCCAGUCAAAUUUCAUAUCUAAAGGCUCCAGAGAAGAUUGCAACCGUUCAGAAUACCUCAGUAAGCCUUUUUUUGUUCCCUUCACUUUUUUGUGGAUUCUUUAUGUGGGAAAAUUAUAGGAGUUUUUAAUGGUUUCCCAAGAUAAUGUGUGAACGUUAAGCUUUGUAUAUGAAUAUUUUCUAAGGCAAACGUUGGUUCUUUCAUUUUUAUUUUAUUUUAUUUUUUUUCCUAAUGUGAUUUUUUGGGAGAACAAAAAUGAAAUCUUUGAGUAGUGUAGGACUUGGUCUGAGUGUAGUUUUCGGUUGCCUAUUCUUGGCUCUUGUUGCUGAGCUCUACUACUUGUUAUGGUGGAAGAAGAGGUUCACAAGCAGAGAGAUUGAAAAUGAUUAUAGCAGUCCAGCAAAAGAGCUAUUCUACAUGUUUUGCUGGAGAAGACAUUCUUCUUUAACCCACACAGCUCUGAAUCCCCAAGAGCUUUGUUCAACAAUGAGAAUCACAGACUCACUUGUCCAUGAUCAACCAAAUGCUCAGCUUCAAAUCCACUCAAACAGCGAUUUUCUGCUCAAACCCUUUGGGGAAGAUGGGAUUGAAACAGAGUUCAUGAGGCUGCAAAACCCAUCUGCUCCUCCUAGAUUCCUCUUCACAAUCAUAGAGGAAACAAAGGAAGAUUUGGAAUCUGAUGAUGGGAAAUCUAGAGGUGAUAGAAGCAGAAAAGGGUCGAGAAAUAGAAGCUUAAGUGAUUUGAUUCUGACAGUUGAAACUCCAUAUUUGACUCCAAUGGCUUCCCCACCUUUUUUCACACCUCCUCUUACUCCUGUGAAUUCCUCAUAUAACCAGAAUGGAUUUAACCCACUUUUUGAAUCAGCAACAGAUGCAGAGUUCAACAGAAUAAGAUCAUCACCACCACCAAAAUUCAAGUUCUUGCAAGAAGCAGAGGAAAAACUUAGGAGGAAAAAAAUGUUAGAAGAAGAAGCUGAUGAGAAAGUUUUUCAUAGGUAUGAGAAUAUUCAUCAUCAUGAUAAGGGAAAUAAAGCUCCUGCAAUGUCUAAGUUCCUUAAAGAUGAAGAAGAUGGUCCUUUUAUCACGAUCACUGUUGACAAGAACAAAGAUAUGGAACUUAAUCGUCAUGCUCAUUUACAACCACAAUACCAUUCAAGCAGUACCACUUCUCAGGUACUGCCUCUGGCUUCUUCACCUUCAAAAUUCAGAUCACACUAGAUUAGGUAGAACCAAAUUAGUAAUGGGUUUUGUUUCUUUUUCUUUUUUUUCUUGGAUUUAUUAGAACUUUUUUUUUUGGUGAACUUAUUCUGGGUUCUGUUUUUUUCUUCUUCUUUUUUCCUUCUUCAUCUUCCUUGUAGGCUGUUUGGAGGGUUUCAGUUAUAGGGUAACCUGAAAACUAAUCUUAAUGAUAAUGUAUUAUUGAAUUUUCAUCAAUGGUGGCUUUGUGGGGGGGGACAACGUUCUCUGCAGACAUGAUGUUCAGAGAUGCGUGGUGGUGGAGGAAAGUGGGAGACUUGUGGGGUUAUUUGUUUUAUUCAAUCUCCAUGUCUCCUGAAUUGUCUGAUACCUGUAAUCAUUCUUGUGAGUGAUGCUACUGCUCAUUGUUCUUGUCCUUAAGGGCACUGUAAAGUGUAAAGCUCUUUUAAGACAACUCUCUCUCUUUCUCUC